AUGAGCAUCGGGUGGGAGACCAAAAAGCACAAAAAGGUCGACAGGAUGAAGGUCCCCGUGAAGGACAAUCCGCACGACUUUACGUUCUGGGAGGGGGCAAAGAUGCCUGAUAGUCCGUCCAGCAGCGAGUCCUUCAUAGAGCCAAAGAUCCCGCAUGUGAGAACGUUUAAAGUUCUCUCCCUCAGCAAAACUGCGAAGUACGACAGAGUAACGGGGGAGAACGGGGAAAUCCUGCACAUUUUCGGGGACUGGCGACAGGGAUCUCCCCGCAUAGGGAAUACUGUCAGCGUGAUCCCGUGUCUCUGCUGCCCCUCAGACGCCUCGGACUUGAGCGAGAUCAGCAACGAGAAGAACUACAUGAUAGUCCACUCGAAGAAGUCCCUUGUAGCAACGAACAUAAUCGAGUCCCUGGAGUGCGUUAGAAAAGCUAUGCUAAUGGAGAAAACAGUGCAGUUUAACAGGGCAGUGAGUAAGCCCCUUAUAUUCGGGGUCAUCAUACACGAGUGGAUCGACAUCCUCGUGAAGAACAGGAAUACUUCUGUCAUGGCAGUUGCCUCUGAGCUUAAAAGCAUCAUCUGCAGGUACAUUUUGCAGUUGCACCGCGUAAAUGAGUCUGCAGAAAGCACUUUCUCGGAGAUAUUCACGUACUUCGGGGCUCUCCGGGAGUUCAUCCGCACGCUUUCCUACGAGAGGUCGGAGGAGAGCAAAACUGUCCACAGUCAGCUCCUGCAAAUGAAGGGGAAGCCAGAUAUCGUCCUCGUGAAUAGCUCCAUCCGGACGGAGAUAGAGGUAAAAACAGGAAAAAACCUGUACAUCGAAAAUAUUGCGCAGGUCAUUCUGUACGGGUUACUGCAGAAGGAGCAGAGCGGAUACGUCUCGCAGAAGCUCUUCCACAUGAAGACAAACGCCCUGAAGGAGGUAGAGCUGAAGCACAGUGAAGUCAUCCACAUCCUGUGCAGGAGGAACAGAAUGGUUCGGGAGACGAGAAUGCCCCCCAGGAAGGAGAUAUCCCACUGCGAGAUCUGCAACUUAAAUGAAACCUGCAAAGUCACCGCGGAGAUAGAGGACUCACUCCGUCUCUCCUCGACCGAGGGAGAUGCCCCAAUGAAGGCCCUGAGGAAUGCGGAGUUUACGGAUCUCAGCGUAUUCGGGUACAUCUGGGGGCAGAUCCAGGAGGAGGAGGACCUCUCACAGGAGAGCCUGAUCCUCGCAGUUGUAGAGACGUGGGAUAAUAACCACAUGAAGAUCCACGUGAAAGAAGAGUUUGCAACGGGGCUUUUCUGCAAUGACUUCCUGGUGAUAUACGACAGAGAUGCAUGCGCCUUCGGGAAGGGUGUAAUCACAGCGAUAAGCAAUGGCUCGAUAGAAGUUCACCUGAGAGAGAGACUUAUCUACAAACACAACGGAAGAGUUUUUAUUUCUAAGGAUCCGAACCUGAAAAUGUUCGCAGAGUACAGGACUUCUCUCCUUCAUCUUUUCUCCUCGGAGAAGGUGAAGAGUAUGUGGAUGCACACGCCAACACAGGGCCCUGCAAAUAUCCCCGGGGAGUUCACGGGGGAGUUCCUCCGGAUGAACACGGACCAGCAGAAGGCCAUGUUCAGUGCCCUCCGCAACUCCCCGUAUACGCUCAUCCAUGGAAUGCCAGGAACAGGAAAGACAACGGUUAUUUCUCUGCUUAUUCGGAUACUUGCGAGCCAAAAGAAAAAAAUUCUCGUUUGCUGCCACACGCACAAUGCCCUGACAAAUAUAGAAAAAAGAAUUUCCUCCGACGAGAGAGUCCGCGUAUACAGGACAGGAAGAACAAAAGUAGAGAAUUUCGCAUUUAAAAAAAAAGCAAAAGAAGAAAAGGGGGAAGAAAAAGAGGAAAAAGAGGAAGAUCUUUUCAGUGGGUACAACGUAGUUCUUUCGACGACUCGGGCCCUGUUCAGCGAUCCUAUAUUUGACGGACGCACUUUCAGCACGUACAUUGCAGAUGAAGCCACGCAGCAGAACUUUCUGUGCUCGGUUAUUCCGUGCCUGAUCUCGGAGUCUGCGGUUUUGGUGGGGGAUCACCUGCAGCUGCGACCUCUUGCUCGGACUCCCUGCCUGGAGGUGAGUCUUUUCGACAUUCUGCGGGCUAAGUCCCCGCUAAAUCCCCUUACGAUGCAGUACAGAAUGCCCGCGUGCAUUAUGGAGCUUAGCAAUGCGAUGUUUUAUUCGGGGGAGAUGAAGUGCCGGAGGGAGGAGGAGGGAUCUGUUCUCUUCCUCGAUGCAAGUGGAGCUGGGAGGGGGAGGAUAUCGGAGGUGAUUCGGGCCCUGGGGAGUGAUGUCCAGAUUCUCUGCUACUUUAACGAGCAGGUUCGGAGAGUGAAGUCCCUGGGGAGAGAUGCAGAGACGGUGGAUCGGUUCCAGGGGAGUGAAUCUGCGCAUAUUUUCCUGGUUCUGGACGUCUUCCUGGAGGGAGAUCCGCACGAGGAGAUUCUUCUCUCGAGGGAGCGCCUUAACGUCGCACUGACUCGCUCCAGGAAGACCCUGAAAAUUUUGGGGAGAUCAAAAUACCUGAUGAAAUUUGAUCUUUUUUCUCUUCUUCUGGAGAACCUGAAAAAAACAGUUCUUGUGGUGUGA